CGGCCUCCUGGAUGGUUCUGUGCAGGAAUAGGUGUGCUCCUAUUGCUGCUACAACUGGCUUUAUUCCGCGGAGAGUGUACUUGUGGUAAUGAUAUGAAGAGGGGCAGUGAAAUUGCUGUUUUGCAGACGUGGAAAAAACUACGAAAGCACAAGUUUUCCAAGCUUUUGUGCACUGUUGGUAUACCACUUUACAUUUUACUUGUUGGA